AUGAAUGAAGACUUCCGCAAACAUCUCACCACUAAACCAGUAUGGACCAUGCACGAAAUCCAGAACGUCGCCAAAGAUUACAUCAACGACGAGGAAGUCAGCCAGGUCGUCGCUGCCAACAAACGGCAGCACAUCGCUACCCAACACGGCAACCCGACUCCCCGUCAUAACCCACCACCCAGAGAGAACCAACGAGACCACGUUAAACCGACCCAUCAACCACCAAGAGUAGGAAAAUUCUCCAAUUACACCCCCCUAACAGCACCAAUUACUGAGAUAUACCACCAAAUAGCAGAUCGGGGUGUCAUCCCCAAAGCCCGACCACUCAAAGAAAGGACAGGAGGAAACAAAGCCCUCUACUGCGAUUACCACCGAGGAUACGGCCACAAAACACAAGAUUGUUUCGACCUUAAGGACGCUCUCGAGCAGGCCAUACGAGAUGGCAAACUCCCAGAGUUCGUCAAAUUCAUCAGAGAACCAAGGCGCGCCGACAGAGACAAGUCACCAGAAAGAGAAGGACGCAACACGAGAACACAAAAGCCGCCCCUCAGGGAAAACCCCGAAGAGGAUCCGACCAUCAUAGUGAACGUCAUCACGGGCAAGGACGUACCGAAUAAAUCAAAGCUAACAAUGAAAAAAGACCUCAAAAUAAUGGCCGUCAGGCACCACGACCCAGUCACCAUAACCGACAGCACGAUAACCUUUUUGCCGGAAGACUGCCAACACGGCACCUCGGCCGAAGACGCCCCCUUAGUCAUAUCAGCUCGAAUCGGAACAGGGCUAGUAAGAAGAAUACUGGUGGACACUGGCGCCGACUCUAACAUCCUCUUCCGGGGAGCUUUCGACAAACUCGGGCUACACAACGACAACCUCCAGACACACCGCCACGGCAUCACGGGCCUCGGAGACAACUUCCUCAAACCAGACGGCUCGGUUACCCUUCCCAUCACCAUAGGAACAAGCAACCAGAAAAAGACGAUCUUAUCCGAAUUUGUAGUCCUGAAAGACUCCACAGCCUACAACGUCAUCCUCGGGAGAAAAACGAUCAACGACUUCUCUGCAGUCAUCUUCACCAAAUACCUCCUCAUGAAGUUCAGGGCCGAGGACGGCACCAUCGGAACCAUUCACGGAGACCGGGAAGUCGCAGCCGAAUGCGACAACAACAGCUUAGCCCUAAGGAAAAAAUCUCGGGACGCCGCCGGAAUAUUCCUCGCCGACCUAGACGCACGACUAGACGACCAACCUAGACCAGAACCAGAAGGAGACAUGGAAAAACUACAGAUAGGGCCAACCAAAGAAGAAUACACUUUCAUCAACAGAAACCUCCCAUACGACCUCAAAGAAGAACUCUCCCAACUUUUAAAGCAAAACAGAGACCUGUUCGCAUUCACACCAGCCGAUAUACCGGGAAUAAGCCCCGACCUUAUGUCUCACCAUCUGGCAGUAGACCCCCUAGCCAAACCAGUGGCGCAAAGAAGACGGAAAAUGUCACCAGACUGA